AUGGACAACGAAUCGCAAUAUUCAGGGUAUUCCUACAAGUCGGGGCACUCGCGCAGCUCCAGGAAGCCCAGAGACCGCCGAGAGCGGCACCGCUCCAAGAGUCGAGACGGGAGCCGAGGGGACAAGUCGGUCACCAUCCAGGCCCCCGGAGAGCCCCUGCUGGACAACGAGUCGACGCGAGGCGAGGAAAGGGAUGACAACUGGGGCGAGACGACCACUGUGGUGACCGGCACGUCCGAGCACAGCAUUUCGCACGAUGACAUCACGCGCAUCACCAAGGACAUGGAGGACAGCGCCCACCUGGACUGCUCCCGCCACCUGGGGGUCUCGCUGGCAGGGGCCCUGGCCCUCCUCUCCUUCCUGACCCCCAUCGCCUUCAUGCUGCUGCCCCAGCUGCUGUGGGGGGAGCAGCUGAGCCCCUGCGGGACCCCCUGCGAGGGCCUCUUCAUCUCGGUGGCCUUCAAGCUGCUGAUCCUGCUGCUGGGCAGCUGGGCGCUCUUCUUCCGCCGCCCCAAGGCCUUCCUCCCGCGGGUCUUCGUCUUCCGCGCCCUGCUGAUGGUGCUGGUCUUCCUCCUGGUGGCCUCCUACUGGCUCUUCUACGGCGUCCGCAUCCUGGACUCCCGCGACACCAACUACCAGGGCAUCGUCCAGUACGCCGUCUCGCUGGUGGACGCCCUGCUCUUCGUCCACUACCUGGCCGUGGUGCUGCUGGAGCUGCGCCAGCUGCAGCCCCACUUCACCCUCAAGGUGGUGCGCUCCACCGACGGGGCCAGCCGCUUCUACAACGUGGGGCACCUCAGCAUCCAGAGAGUCGCUGUGUGGAUCCUGGAGAAUUAUUACCACGAUUUCCCCGUCUACAACCCGGCCCUGCUCAACCUGCCCAAGUCCGUUCUCUCCAAGAAGAUGUCUGGCUUCAAGGUCUACUCCCUUGGGGAGGAGAACACAACCAACAACUCAACCAGCCAAUCGCGAGCUGUUAUUGCUGCAGCUGCCCGGAGGCGGGACAACAGCCACAACGAGUACUACUACGAGGAAGCCGAACAUGAGCGCCGGGUGCGCAAACGGCGAGCAAGGUUGGUGGUGGCUGUGGAAGAGGCCUUCACACACAUCAAACGGCUCCAGGAGGAGGACCAGAAGAACCCGCGGGAGAUCAUGGACCCCCGGGAGGCCGCCCAGGCCAUCUUCGCCUCCAUGGCCCGGGCCAUGCAGAAGUACCUGCGCACCACCAAGCAGCAGCCGUACCACACGAUGGAGAGCAUCCUUCAGCACCUGGAGUUCUGCAUCACCCACGACAUGACGCCCAAGGCCUUCCUGGAGCGCUACCUGACCGCAGGCCCCACCAUCCAGUACCACAAGGACCGCUGGCUGGCCAAGCAGUGGACUCUGGUCAGCGAGGAGCCCGUGACCGACGGGCUGAAGGACGGGGUGGUCUUCGUCCUGAAACGCCAGGAUUUCAGCCUCGUGGUCAGCACCAAAAAGAUCCCCUUUUUUAAGCUCUCGGAGCAGUUUGUGGACCCCAAAUCGCACAAGUUUGUCAUGCGGCUGCAGUCGGAGACCUCAGUGUGA